GCCGUGCGCGAGGAGAUAUGAUCGAAACAUACAAGUUAUUUCACAGGUAUGACCAAGAGGUAGUGCCAGAUUUGGGCCAGGUGCAUGGGCCUACCAGAGGUCAUGAUAAGAAAUUGUACAUUCCGAGGUCAGUAACUGAGAAACGUAAGAAUUCUUUUUACAUAAGAAUGAGGAAACCUUGGAAUAGCCUAAGUAAUGAAUUAGUAAAUGCACCCAGUGUCCACAGCUUCGAGAAUGGACUGGAUAAGUAUUGGAAAUGUGAACCUGUGAAGUACAAGUUUGACGCUGACCCACCAGGACAUGAUCCGGCCAACCUAAAGAGGAGACAGAAUUUGGAACUGAAUAUAGAGUCUAAUUAGACUGCGUUCAGAAGCAUCCAUAACACCAUGGCUUUCCCCGGAGGCUCCUCUUUUGGACUUGGCUUCACAGGUCCUUCUUCAAACGGACUUCCCCUUCUCACUUCCACCGAGACCAUGGGACAGCCUACAACUAGCCUAGGCCUUGGCCUGGACCAGAGACCCAUCACGAAUCUCAAUCAGGAAACAGAACUGCAGAAGAUGUUGACCGAUGAAAGGAUGAGAGGAGAGAUGCACAAGACAAAUUACCAGAUGCUCAAGGCUGAACACACAAAAUUACAUGAUGAUAAUAGCCGGUUACAGAGGGAACUUGAUCAGUUUACAUCAGAUUGUCAGAUCAUGGAGGAGAGACUUCAGGAUGCAGUGAACAGAACUAACAGGGAGCUGGCAAUCAAAUGCGCUGAACUGGAUGAAUUCAGGGCUCAGGCUCUUACACCAGACAAGUUGGAGCUGAUCAAACUGAAAGUAGCCGAAGAUCUUGAGCAACCGUUCCGAGAACGUUUCACCGAGCUGGAGCAAGAUGUUGAGCAUUACAGGAGUGAAUUCAACAAGCUGCGUUAUGAACAUUCGUUCUUGAAGUCAGAGUAUGAACAUGAACAAGCAGAGCAAAAGAGAGUGGUAGAAGAAAUUAAGAUGCAGUAUGAAACAGAGAUAAAGAAUCUUCAUAGAGACAACGAAGCUAUUGUAGCCAAGUACAGCCAGGAGAACUCGCAUGACAGCGAUAAGGUCAGAACUCUGUACAGGGACAAUGCACAACUCAACCUCAAGGUCAAAGGUCUCCUCACAGAAUUGGAUGAGAUAAGAGCUCAGAGGGAGCAGUCGGGUCUUCAGUCAGAUCAUGUAUCAAGGUUACAAGCCAGACAACUAUCAGAACAUGCUACAACUAUCAAGGCUCUUCAGAGUGAGAAGGAGUCGCUCCAGCUCCACAUGGAGCAGCUGACCAAGGAGCUAGGGAUCUCUCAGGACACACAUCGGAGCCUUACCACCAAGACCCACGAUCUGGAGAAACAGACCAUGGAGCUGCGGAACCGCAUGGAGGAGACCCUACACCGACACAAGAUGGAGAUGACAGAUCUCAAGAUGGCUGCCAUGAAGACUAAGGGGGAGCUGGAGAGGGAAAAGGAUGGACUUGUCAAUGAACUGGAAGGUCUGAAAGGCAAACAUGAGGUACUAGAGAAGUCGCUUGAGGUCCAGACUAACGCCAUUGCUGACAAAGAGAGAGAGGUGGCUAGAAAAAUACAAUCAGUCAGGGAAGAAGAAUGGGACAGGAUUAACAAACUGGAAGAAGAAAAGUUAGAAUUAGAAGGUCGACUACAGGAAGUUGAGAGAUUAAAGAUCGAUGAAGAAUCGCAGAGAUAUGCAGAGAGAGAAAAUGGGCAAGAGAGAAUCCGAGAAGCUGAGAAACGAUGUGAACAAGCUGAACGAGAACUACAGCUUACAAAAACCAAGUUAGAGCAUCACAAUACAAUGAUGAAGGACCUUGAGCACGAGCAAACCGUCAGCACACAGAUGAGAGAGAAAUGUGCAAGGUUAAAGGCUGAAUUACAGGACACACAGGCAGCAGAGCAGGACCUCAUGAUGGAAAAUGAUAAUAUCAAAGCAUCUUUGGAGAUGUAUCAGAAUGAGCUAGUCUUGGCCAAGGCCGCAAUAGAAAAAGAGGCAGAGCUGUCCAAUCAGAGGCUGUCCCAGCACAAGAUGACGUGGCUAGAUGAGAAGACACAGCUUGAACGAAGACUAGAUGAUCUGGAAGGUCAGGCCAGGCAAGCUCAGAAGCAGAGAGAUGAAACCACCAAUGCCCAUGCAAAGAGAAAGCAGAAGUAUCAGAAAGUCGUCAACAAGCUUCAAGAUAAAAUGCAACUUCUGGAGGCAAAAAAUGAAGAACUGGAAUUGGAGAAACAAGCCUUGAAGAAUCAGAUACCCAAAGAGACGUACACCAAGGCAGUAAGGAAGUUAAGAGAACUCCAGCGCAGGCACAAUGAAUUCCGCACCAUCCUGAGUUCAGCCAACGUGACUCAGGUACCCGGAGGCGGGAUGUCUUUCAUGACUGCAUCUAUGACCCAGCCACUGGAUGCAUCUAGUCCAUAUAAAACAACACAGCCGAACCGGUUUAAAAUUCCACAAAUCCAAAUACAUCAUGCAGUAUCAACAGACAAGAAGGGGCAUCAUCAAGAUUUAGCGGUGAUCCGGAGUCGCCUUGAGGAGCUGAGUGACAACCAGAGGUUACAAAUGGAUGCCCUACUAGGGGGAGGGGGUGGUGGAGGGGUGGGGAGCGUACCCCUUACAGCUCGGUCAGAGAUGGACAAAGAGAAUGAAGACCAUGUAUUAUCCCCGGAAGGGAGUGGAAUGGACGUUCUGGAUCUUUGAAAGCAAUUUUGAUGGCAUCAAGGAGCUUAUUGACAAUCAGAUGUUUUAGAUGGAUGGCCUGUUAGCGAGACGGGUGUUGGAAGGGUGGAAAGUGUACCCCUUGAUAUCGUCUGAUCCAAGAGGGAUAACAAAAAUUAGGACCACUUCUUUUCUUCGGAAGGGAGUGGAAUGGAUGUUCUGGACCUUUAAAAAUUAUUGUUAUAUUAUCGAGGAGCUUAUUAACAAUUAGUUGUUUCAAAUGGAUGGCAUGUGAGGAAGACGGUGGUUAGAGAGAUGGGAAGUGUAUUCCUUACAGCCCGAUCAGAGAUGGAUAACAAAAAUGAGGACCAUGUGUUAUCACCACAUGGGAGUGGCAUAAUUGUCCUUGACGUAUAGAAGUAUUGUUUGAGUAUUGAGGAAUUUAGUAACAUUCGGGGGUUAUGAAUGCUUUCCCUGCUGGUGGUGGGAGGGGUUGGUGGAAGGGUGAGAAGUGUGCCCCUUUAUACUUACAGCCCAUUAGAGGUGGAUAACGGAAAUGAGGAAAAUGGUUUAUCACCACUCAUGUGGUAAUAAAACAUUGUGUAGAUGCCCUUGUUUGAGCAUUGAGGAGCUUCAUGUCAAUGAGAUUACGGGUCUAGUGGUUAGAGCAUUGGACUCAUAAUCGCAAGGUUGUGAGUUCGAAUCCCCACUCUGCCAUUGUCUCCACUUUGAUAAAAACACUCGAGGGUAAUGUCUGUCGUCUACAACGUCAGCCACUAUGACUGGUUAAACUAAACGUAAAAUGGUUCCUAGGUAAUUGGUUAUAUACCAGCUUGGCGUUUACCAGCAAAAAGCUGUCCUGCCAAGUUCCUACGGGAGUUACCAUAAACUUACUAAAGGAUGAAGGGGUGGGGAGUUGCCAUUUACAGCUAAAUCAAAGGUGGACAAGCAGAAUGAUUACCUUGCCUUGUCACAAGUAGCGAGUAGCAUGGAUGCUGUUGACUUUUAGAAACAAUGGUUUGUGAUCACAAGAAUAUGAAUAAAAUAAAGCAACUGCUGUUUGUGCAGCAUUGGCUAUCCAUUGUUAGACCAUUGCUUUAAAUUAUUGUUCAAAAUAAUGGUAUUUCUACAUUUGUUUGAAUUUGGAAACUAUGAUGAAAUUAUGAAGAGCUUUUGUAAAAACUUCAAUAAUGCUCACAAUUGAUCUUGAAAGGGAAAGUUGACCCUGACAUUGAGCCGGUUUUCAGGAGAGAAGAAACCAAAUUGAAAAGCAUAUCAAUGAAAGUUUGACGAAAAUAAGUAGGAAUGACAGAGAUCUGAAUUACAAAAAUAUACAUUUUGUGAUGUCACAUGCACGUAGCAGUCCCAUAUGUCAUGUUAUAUAGAUUACAUAAAUUUUCAUUCUGAUAUUUGUGUGUGAAAAAAAUAACAUCAAAGAAAAGUGAAAAAAAUGUGUCUGAUGAUAUAUUAGAUAGAUUUUUUUUAUUUUUGAUGACAUUUUAUGGAAUUUAUAUCACAGGACAUAUAGGAGAGCUGCUCGCAUGUCAGGUCACAGAAUUAAAAAUCUUCAAAACUCCAUAAAUGUGUAAUCCUUUGAAUAAUUUUUGCCAAAACCUUAUUAAAAUGCUUUUCAUAUUUUUGUUUCUGCUUUUAUUAAACCAACUUUAUCUCAAAGUGAACUUCCCUUUUUAAUCCAAUCACCUUGAUUUAUGAACUGAACUUGAUUUACAUUCCUGAAAUUAUUUAUCUACUUACAUGUACGAUACAUGCUUUGUUGUACUAAAUUUAUUUUAUUGAACUGAAUAUUUGAUAGAUAGAUAUGACGUUUUUAAUUUGUACCAAAAAUAAUCCCUAAAUAAUUCUACUUAAUGCAAUUUGUGAUGAUUCAUGAAAUCAUAUACUUUUGCAAUGAUGCAUUUGUUAUGAAAAUAAGAGAGGACUUGUGGUGAUUUACAAUAUACAUGUACCUUAUUAUACCUUAUUUGGCAAGAGAUAUUCGCAAAGUCUUUCUGAUUGAUUGAUCGAUAAAGAAUAUAUUAGUACACAUGUAGCCUGGAGAGUGUUGCCAAUUUGCCAUUCCUCUUGCCACUUGCCAGUGAGCUAUAGAUUGUGGUAGAAUUUGCUCCAGUCUCACUCUGAGAGGUUUACACAAACAAAUAUAUGUAACAUCAAUACUAGCUUGGUUUAGAUUUUUUAUAUACUCAGAUACAUCCCCCCCCCCCCCCAUUGAUUGACAAUGUUGAAUCAUUUAAGUUUUUCCUUCCUUCUUUGGUCUUUUUGUAUACCAUCGAUAAUUGCUAGUUUUGUGGUAAAAGUGAUACUUACGCUAUUCUCAAUAAAAACCCAACAUCAACAUAUAUGACAAAGAUGUUUGAAAUGAGGUCCAGUGAUUUAUUUUUUUCCUUCAUUAUUUAAAACUUUCACUCCCAGAAUUUGGGGUCUCAACAAAUAUACACCGCUGGUCGUUUUGAUAUUCAUACUCCCCAUAUGUUUUAAAAUAGUGGAGGUUAUUUUUUACUACAUCAUAAUUGCUUUACUGUUUGCUGCAGGUUUUACUCCAUACAGUAUGGAAUGGUUCUUUUUAAAGCAGGCUCUUCCUCGGUGCUCUGAACAAACAUGUAAUGUAAAUUGUGUUUUUCUGUUGUGUGUGUGAAUUAUUAUUUAUUCUGUAUAUGAAAUGAAAUUAUAUUUUGGAGUGGCAGAUUACUACUCAUUUUGAUAUAAUUUGUAUAUAGUCGCAGUAAAUAAAACAUCGCUUGUGUCAAAAGGACAGUACUUAUAUGCAACUUUGCAACUAAGCAUUUUAACAGUGCAGUUUCCACAAGUUGAUCUUCCUUGUAUGCAUCACCCAAAUUGAAGCAAGGUUUCAAAUCAGAUUUUGCAAUGUACAUCUCUAUUAAGUCAUAUGUCUCCUCAGUUGAAUAAACUUUUUUGGUGCUAAGAUAAUUCGACUUGGGGAGAGUACCUGGAAUUUAAAAAAUAAAGACACAGUAUAACAAAUAAACAAAAAUCAGUAAGUAAAUUGGUAUUUAAUUACCUCACAUAUAAUCAACUGAUGUUUUCCCUGAAUUAAUUCAUUCAUUCAAAGAUAUUUCUACAUUUUGAUAUUGUUAGCUUUCCAAAGUAAGUAGAGGGUUUGUUUGAAUGCAUUAUUGCUAAACUUCAUUUUAUCCAAUUGAACAUUGAUAAAUUGAAUUGAAUUGAUCUAUAACUGAUGUGUUGCGUACAGUGCAUGAAUGAAGGGUCCCCAUUCACUUGGUCUACUGGCAGAUGGUCCAAGUCUCAUUGUGUAACUCCACCAUGGCUUAAACCCACUUGGUGCCCACUAUCAAUAUGAUCCAAUUGCUACAUGGUCCAACCAUCACCUGGGCCCCAUAACACAAAUGUUAGCCAUUAACCACUGAUUUAAAAGAACAAUUCUGAUUGGUUCCUAGACAGUGUACUGAGCAAAAUGCGCAUGAAAUGAUGAUCUCGAUAGGCCAUUUCAUUUAGCCAUGAAUUGUUAACCUUCGUGUUACGGGCACCUGGUGUAACUUUGUCGAAUGAAAAUUUGGUUCAUCUAAUCACAUAGGCCAAGUGGAUAUUUGAUGACAUGGGUAUAGUCUAACUAGAAAUUUGACAAAAUGGUAAAUGGACUAUGUGGUAAAGAAAGGACAAGUUCACCCCAACAAAAAAUUGAUUUGAAUAAAAAGAUAAAAAUCCAACAAGCAUAACACUGAAAAUUUCAUGAAAAUCGGAUGUAAAAUAAAAAAGUUGUGACAUUUUCAAGUUUUGCUUUAUUUUACAAAACAGCUAUAUGCAUAUCCUGGUCAAUAUGCAAGUGAGGAGACUGAUGACGUCAUCCACUCACUAUUCCUUUUGUAUUCUAUUGUAUGAAAUAUUCUAAUUUUCUCCUCAUUGUCAAGUGAAACAACUAUUAUUCCUCCCUGAACAUGUGGAAUUAGCAUUGCUUAAUACUAUAUGGUUCAGUCAAGAUUGUCCUAAUUGUCAAAUGUGUAAAAAAUGAAAUAUUGUAUAAUUCAAACAAUAAAAAAAAGAAAUAGUGAGUGAAGGACAUCAUCGACUCUCUCAUUUGCAUGUCACUGAAAUGUGCAUAUCACUGUUUUGUUAAAAAUAAAUGUAACUUCAAAAUGUCAUAACUUUCUUAUUCUACAUCCAAUUUUGAUGAAAUUUUCAGCGUUAUGCUUAUUUGAUUUGUCUCUGUUCAUUCCAAUCAACAUUUUUCUGGGGUGGACUUGACCUUUAAAAACUAAACGGUGAACAGACACACUGGUUGUAGGCAAACUAGAAUUGGACCAUGGGAUGAGACCAAAUGGAAAGUUGAUUUUGGACCAAGUGGCUAUUGAUCGAAUGGAGUAUUACUUAUGGAAAAUGCAACAACAACAAAAAAAGGAUUAUGCUUGCAAUGAAUUUCACCUCUGUGAUUAACUUUUUAAUAAUGUACAUAGACCUGCAGGGCUUUUUUUAUCAAAUGUCACAAAGAAAAUGUAAUAAUAUUUUGUAAUUUUUUUAUCAACUGUCGAGAAAAAGCCAAUAUACCAUAUACCAAGAAGGAAUUGGUUAGAUCA